AGACGACAAAAAGGACAGCAAAAAGAAGGCGUUGUCAUUUUUGUUGUCUACGGAUAGCCACGUGGUCGUAGCUGGAGCAGUGAAUCCGGAUCAAAGGUCAAUGAUCCUUUGUACAGCUGAACCAUAGGUCUUCUUUCCUGCCUGGCUAAAAGACUCAGACUCCUGAGUAUCACAAAGAUGAAGCGAGUGUCGGCCGCUGACAGGAACAAGGGGCCCAUCCUGGAGGUGAUGCGGGAACUGGUGCCCGGAGACCGGCCGGUGUACCUGCUGGAGGUGGCGUCAGGGUCGGGGACACACGCGGCAUACAUCACACAGGCGUUUCCUAACCUCACCUGGCAGCCCUCGGACGUAGAACAGAGAUGUCUAGAUAGUAUUUCAGCCUGCAUCAAAGCCACAGGUGUGAGGAACGUCAAGCCACCUGUAAUAAUUGACACUUCGCAGCCAUGGCAACAGUGGGCGGGGCACCAGCCAGAGUCAUGUGACAUGAUGAUGUGUGUCAACAUGAUGCACAUAUCACCCAUCAACUGCACACAGGGCUUGUUAGAAGCUGCAGGGGUCCUACUCAAACCUGAAGGACAGCUUGUAGCCUAUGGGCCCUUCUCCAUUCAUGGUGUCAUCAGUCCUGACAGUAAUGUGAGAUUUGAUGAACACCUCAAGGCACAAAACCCGGAGUGGGGCCUGAGGGACACAGACUACCUGACGGAAGUGGCACAGAAGCAGGGGCUUCAGUUUCACAGAAUGGUGGACAUGCCUGCAAACAACAAGAUCUUAGUGUUUAAGAAGGGUUGAUUCCAGAUGAUAUUCAAGAAAGUGAGAUCUUUCAUAAACAUUCGGUAUAUUCCUUCAUUAUUCCCAUGCAAUGCAAUGGUGACAAGUAAGUUAGUAAGCAAUGGAGCUGCUUUAUAUUGUAAGGCCACAGCAAGUAAAUUUUAUGGAUGACAUCCUCCGCAGACUCCAAAUCUAAUGCGAGCUGGUGAA